UCUAUUGUGUUCCUUUUUAUUUAUAAAGGCAAUUCCCUGAGGGAAAACUCCAUUUCUCCAUCGCCACGCAUUUCCUCUUCACUUUCCAAACCCUAAACUCUCUCUGUCUCUUUUCUCUUCAUUCCUCAUUUUGCAGAACGAACGGAGCCCCAGCUCUGGAAUCCAUGGAUACCGUCAAGUCCUUCAAGGGCUACGGCAAGGUCGACGAGCUCGAACAGCAAGCUUUCCGCCAAAAGACUCGCCGCCGGUUAAUUAUACUCCUUGUUUCCAUUGUUCUUCUAAUUGCUCUCGUCAUCGCCGCCGUCGUCGGAAUCGUCAUUCAUAAACGAAACUCUUCUUCUUCAUCGGCCACGAGCUCACCUCCUCCCACCGAGCUCACUCCCCUCGCCUCACUCAAAACUCUCUGUAGUGUCACUCAGUAUCCUAGUUCGUGUCAGUCUUCUCUCGAAAACUCCAACACCACCGAUCCCGUAUUUCUCUUCAAACUUUCUCUCCGUGUCGCCACCGAUUCGCUCUCGAAACUAUCCGAUUAUACCUCUAAUCUCAAUUCCAAUACUGAAGAUCCGAAGCUUAAAGCCGCAAUUGAAAUCUGCCGGAGUGUUUUUGAAGAUGCCAUUGACACGCUCAACGACACCGUUUCAUCCAUGGAAGUGGAUCGCCAUAAUGAGAAGUUCUUGUCCCCGUCUAGGAUUGACGAUCUGAAAACCUGGUUGAGUACUACAAUCACAGAUCAAGAAACCUGCCUCGACGCUCUUCGAGAUCUAAACCAGACGACGGUUCUCCAAAACUUGCAAACGGCAAUGGCGAAUUCGACCGAGUUUACUAGCAAUAGUUUAGCGAUUGUAACGAAAAUCCUUCGGCUGUUGGCCGAUUUCGACAUCCCUAUCCAUCGGAAACUGAUGGGAUUCCCGGAUUGGGUAAGCUCCGGCGACCGAAGGCUUCUGCAGGAGAACAAUGUGACGGCGCAUGUGACGGUGUCGAAGGAUGGGAAAGGGAACUACACGACGAUCAAAGAUGCCGUAGCGGCGGUGCCAAAGAAGAGCAAACAAAGAUUCAUCAUAUAUGUGAAAGAAGGACUAUACGAAGAGAAUGUGAUUCUGGACAAGAGCAAGUGGAAUGUUAUGAUGUACGGAGAUGGCAGAACUAAAACCAUUGUUUCCGGCCGCCUGAACUUCAUCGAUGGCACUCCUACCUUCUCCACCGCCACUUUCGCUGUUGCUGGCAAAGGGUUCAUUGGGAAGGACAUGGGGUUCAUCAACACGGCCGGUCCAGCCAAGCACCAGGCUGUUGCCUUCCGGUCAGGCUCCGACCUUUCUGUGAUAUCUGGAUGUUCAUUUGAUGGCUAUCAAGACACUCUCUACGCCCAUUCAAACCGUCAAUUCUACCGAGACUGCGACAUCACUGGCACCAUCGACUUCAUCUUCGGCAACGCCGCCGUGGUGUUCCAGAACUGCAACAUCCGGCCAAGGCAGCCACUUCCCAACCAAUUCAACACCAUCACAGCCCAAGGCAAAAAGGACAUCAACCAAAACUCCGGCAUUUCGAUUCAGAAAUGCACUUUUUCGGCCUACAACGACAAUCUCGCCGCACCCACUUACUUGGGGCGGCCAUGGAAGGAGUUUUCCACCACCGUGAUUAUGCAGUCAGAGAUCGGAGGAUUCCUGCAGCCCGUAGGGUGGAAGGAAUGGGUCAGCGGGCAGGACCCACCCAGCAGCAUAUUUUAUGGGGAGUAUCAGAAUAGUGGACCAGGAUCUAACGUGGACAAGAGGGUCAAAUGGGCCGGUUACAGGCCCAGUCUUACAGACGCCGAGGCCGGAAAGUUCACUGUCGGGACCUUCCUAAACGGCGAGGAUUGGUUGCCGGCCACCAGUGUAAAGUUUGAUACAUCAUUGUGAUAAACACAGAGAAGAAAAACCACACGCUGAAGAUUUGAAUUUUUUUUUUUUUUCUGUUUUUUGGUUGAAUUUUUCUUGCCCCCAUCUUCUUUUGUUACAGCAAAUGUGAAGGAAGAUUAUAUAUAUUUAA